UCCUAGCGACACGAACAAUUGUUUUCAGUGGCAACGCUCAAUCUGAAUGAGAGCACGUCAUCUUGAAAGUAUACGUCCGGGCUUGACCAUGUCGUCUCUGUUGGAUGAGAUGGCUCAGGAGAGAGUCCCAGCUACACCAUCAGAUUUGCCAGUGUAUCAGAAUGCUGGGGCACGACGAGACAUCUCGCGGGUGUCCAGGGAGGAGCUGGAGGACCGGUUUCUGCGUCUAAAUGAGGAGACGCUGCAGCUCAAACAACACAUUCACAAACAGGAUGACAAAAUCAAGAAGCUGGGCACAAAGCUGAUGCGGCUUGUCAAGGACCGAGGCCGAAUGGAGCAGCUGGCGGCAGGGGGUGCAAACGCCCCCUCCAGGCUCCGAGACAUAGAAAUGGAGGAGAUGAUGGAAGAGCUCCAGGAUCAAGUUCGAGGGCUACAGACUGAAAACGAGGGGCUGAAACAGCGCCUGCUGGUGGCCAAGCAGCAACUCCUCAGCUCUCCGAGCCGGAGGCCCAUGCCAUACGGACAGGUGCAGUCACGGGUCAACUCUGGGCUGGCAAAGCUCAGAGAUGACACCUUAUCUCCCUGUCAAGCACGGCCCAGAAGCAUGAGGAGUUUGGAUGGAGGAGGGAGACCUCCAGCUGGCCAGCUGCCUCGAUAUGGACACAGCCUCCUGGAGGAAGCCAGAGCCAAGAUCCGCAACCUAGAGGAUGUCAUCGAGUCCCAGCAGAACCAUGUGGAGGAGCUACAAGAAACCUCCGAACGGUUAACGGAGGAGCUGGAGAAGAAGAAGACAGAGUAUGAGGAGAGACUCCUACAGGUCCAGCAGCAUCACACCUCCACACUAAAGUCGCAAGUCAACAGCAACGUGUCAAUGAUCAAACUGCAGAAGCAGCUGACUGACAGGUCCAACACCGUGACGGAGCUGGAGGGUCGAUUUCUGCAACUACAAGAGGCUCAGCAAACAUUGAGGGCCAGUCAUGACGUAGCAAUUGCAAAGGGGGACGAGCUGUCGGCUCAGCUGAAAGACGAGCGGCUGAAGAGUUUGGAGCUGAAGAAGCAGUUGCAGAGCACCAACAUCACCAAGAUCCAGGUGGAGCAGUUGCAGGAGCGGAUCACUGAGCUGGAGCAGGAGCGGGACCUGCUGAUGGACAGCAACAAGAAGCUGAUGAAAAGUGCCUUUGACGUUUCUCAGCAGCAGAAAUGGCAGCUUCAGGAGAAGCAGCUGAAGGUACAGAUAGUUCAGUUGGAGACGGCGCUGAAGGCCGACCUUGUCGACAAAAACGAAAUCCUCGACAGAAUCAAGGAUGAGCGGGAGAAAAAUGAGCAGCUGACGGAUGAAAAUAAGACAAUUCAGCUCCAGUUUCUGGAACAGAGGCAGCAACUGGAGGAGCUGAACAACCGCCUGAAGUUCUUCAGCAGAGAGAAUGACUACAGUGUGGCUGAACUCACAGAUGCCCUGCUGCUUGUUAAAAAGCGUAAAUCCCAGGAGAAUGGAGACCUGGGGUUCAUGGCGGAGGUAGAGGUGAGCAGCGGUCAGGACAGCUCUGUCAGAGAGCUGCGAGCUGCUCACGCUGAAACCAUCCAAGAGCUGGAGAAGACCAGAAACCUGCUGAACAUGGAGAGCCAGAUCAGCAAAGACUACAAGGUGGAGCUGGAAACCACACUCCAAAAGAUGAGCAGGGACAAAGCUGAGUAUGAACAGCAGCUGGAACAGCAGGCUCAGCUGCUGGAUGUGAGGGCAGCAAAGAUCACCAAGCUGGAAGGUCAGCUCAGAGACAUUGCUUACGGCACCAAGGCCUACGCAUUCAAACCAAACCUCCAAGCUGAAGACAAGGGAGACGAGUUUGAUGAGACUCUUCACCUGGAACGUGGAGAAAACCUGCUGGAGCUUCAGAUCGUUGGUGUCACAUUGUCUCCAGCUGCCCUGCAGGCUUUGGGGGACACUGAACCCUCCACCUUCUGCACAUACUUAUUCUAUUUGUGUGAGCUUCACUCCACUCCAGUGGUGAAGGGUCACAAGCCUAGAUAUGGCUUCAUUUCCAAGUAUGCGGUGAGCAUGGAUGAGAACUUCCUGGACUACCUGCACAGAGACUCAGUGACGGUGGAGUUGCAUCAGGCCCUGGGUCUGUCCUGGAGGACGCUGGCGACAGGACAGCUGCAGAUGCGGCGGCUGCUUGAGCAGGACGGGGAGAUUCAAGGCAGCAUCCCCCUGGUUGGAACACAUGAAGACGUGCGGUACUUUGGCUCUUUGGAUUACUGGCUGAGGCUGAAGAUCAGCACGCCAGAGACCGUCCAGCGGUACAGAGAGAAGGUGAAGGCUGUGGGCGGCAGCCACUCUGCUCUCAGUAAACAGCUGCCUCCAGCCAGCAACGGUAGCGGGAAUGAGCUCUUCAUCACCGUCCAGCGCUGCGCAGACCUUCACUCCGGCAGACCACAGCAGCCCAGUCCCUACGUUGUCUAUAGGUUCUUCAGCUUUCCUGACUAUCCCACUGCCACUGUUCAUGACAGACAAGACCCUGAGUUCAGCGAUCUAAAGUCCUACUCAGUCCUGAUGGAUCAGGACCUGGACCAGUACCUGAAGUCUGAGGAGCUUCACUUCUACGUGUUUGACUACAAAGAGGAGAAGUUGGAUGCAUAUCUGGGAAAAACCAGAGUGCCUCUUCGGUCCCUGGCCCACAACCAGAUCAUCACUGGUGUGUUUGAGCUGACCAGUCCGUCUGGACUCCCCGUCGGACACAUAGAAGUGACUCUAAGGUGGAAGUUCACUUACAUCCCUCCACCAGAUUCCAUCGUGACUGUAGAAGAGCGCAGAUUUUUCCCAGAGGACCAACCUGCCCAGGAACCAACUGAUGAAACACAAGAGCAGCUGAAUAUGGAGAAACAAAAGACAGACGUACAACUGAAAGAUGUUGAAGAGAUGCUGCAGGACAGCGGAGACAGAGAUCUACCUCACUCUGACGUUGCUGCCGCUGUUAAGGCACCAUUGCCUAAACUCAGAGGACAGAGGACUCAGGAGAAGGAUGGACUGGCUGCCAAACGAGUCACAUUUGUGGAUUCCACACCUGUAGAUGACCGAAGCCCCACUGAGGAAGAGGAUGAUGAUGAGGAAGAGGAGGAGGAGUCCCAUGUUUCUGUAGGACAACUGGUCCCAAGUUCCCAGCCGUUCUCCGACGACUCCGACAUCUCUGAGGAAAUUGUUCAAGAUGUGGAGGAGGCUCUCUCAGCUGUAGAGCAGAAAGAAUCAACACAGUCUGACAGCGAUGACUGCAUUGUUCUCAUGAGGACCACGGGGAGGAAGCUGUCUGAGCGAGUGCGGGUGGAGGUCGUAUCUCUGAGUUUGAGGCCACAGUCUCUGCUGGCGCAGGACGACAGUGUUGUCCGUCUGUUUGUGGAGUACUCCUUCCUGGAUCUGCCCACCGAGGAAACACCCGUGUCUCUGCCCAAACCCCCCCAGGGCCGGAGCAUCAUAUACAACUACAGCAAAGUGAUUCCUGUGGAUGCUGAGAACAACGCAGCGAGGCGGCAGCUGCUGAGGGAAGUCCUGGAGGGACAAAACCCCCAAAUGGAGAGAAUCCGGUUCACGGUGGUGAGCGAGCCCCCGGAGGACGAAGAGCAGGAGAGGGAGUGUGAGGACGUGGGCGUCGCCUUCCUUAGGAUAGCUGAGAUCCUGGAGAAACAACAAGACCUGACCGAGGCCAGGCUGAGUGUGUUGGACGUGGAGGACAGCAGCGAGGUGGUUGGGACUCUCACAGUGUCUGUGGAGGGACUGGAGGCUCUGCGGGCCAUCAUGGAGGACCAGGUUCAUAUGUGAAUCUGCUUCUGUUGGCGUGAGACGAUGAGGACAGCAGGCUCUCAGACUCGGAUGAGCUCACACUGGAGUUUCCACAUGAGACUGUAGCUCUUCUUUAGCUUUCAGAUCACUGAGAAGGUUUCUUUACUCUGUGUUUGCACAUUAAAGGAGAUUUAAGUACAUGGUUUUCAUUCUACGGUAAUGAGGGUCCAGGCUGAAAACAUCAGCUGCCAUGGAUCUGUUUUUUUUAGCCACAUCUAAGCUCCAGCAUUUCCCUGAAGGAUUACAAUCCACUUGGAGCUGCGACAACCAAUCAGACAGCAGGAAGUUAACCGGCAUUUGCUGCUCCCUGCUGGUUUUGAUCGAAUCUGAUAGUAAGUCUGGACUUCUUCAUACUCAAACUCUCCAGGUUAAUUGUUAAACUCUUACUAAACUCUGCUCUAAACUUUUCCUCAGUAAAUUUGCAGAACUGAAACUUCAAGGAGAAACUGAGAUGAAUUUAAUGAAAACUUUAGUCUGGCAACCAACCAGUCAAGGCCAGAUCAUCGGACACCUGCCGGUCCCUUGAAUAAAACAAAUGACAUGAUAAAGUCAAAAGUCGUCGGCAUCAGUUUUUUGAAGUCACAUGUAUAAAUGCUACAUUUCCACUCACUGGGACAUUCGUUUGUGUCAUUAUUGUCUGAUGUUUAAUCCUGCAAAAAAAAUAUUUUUAUAUUUCUUUUUAAAUUACAUAUAUUUAUAUGAAAUGUAGUCUUUCAUGCAGAUUUCUUGUCCAAUAUUGUUACAAUUGAGCCAUUUAAUUUGUUCUUUAAUGAUAUAGCAGGUUUUAAAUUUGUAAAUGCUCUUAAGUUGUGAAAAAGACGUAAAUCUGAAACAAGCAGCGCAUUGAUGGUCUGCCAGGAAUGCUGACAUUCCUAAAAGAGAGGACGUGAUACCUUAACUGUCCACACCUUAAUCUGUGAUUGUGUUGUUGCUGAUGUGAAGUUUAUCCUGUUCUGAUUCACUGAAGGUUUGACACUGGUGCUCAGGUAGAGGUUUGAGUCUGCACUUUCAGUACCUAUUAGACAAACUGCAGCGUGAUUCAAGGCGGCUGACACUCACAAUGUUUUCUUCCUCAUUCACUACUCUGAAAACAUUUUCUAAAUGUGCCUAGAACUUGAUGUUUUCCUGUUAAAGUUUGGUGUUGUGCACUAAUAAAGCCCUUUUUUUGUAUCCAACAUUUUGGUGUUACUUUCC